UGAUUCGUUUCAAUCUGAAUACAUAGUUAUUUUCUUUAUUAUAUUUCAUUUUAAAAAUUUUCAUCUAAUUUCCUUUGUUAAUGAUUUUUCGGGUUAUUGAAAUUCUUUUGUAGCUAACGGCAGCGGAAAUUGAGUUAGUUAUAAACGAGCUGUCUGUGCGAUGAAGUUUGGCCAAAGAACAUAUAUAGGUAUUCUUUCGUUUGGGGUAACGAGAAUAUAUAUGCACUAUUAUCUACCAUAAAUUCAGUCCUUGCCAAAUAUUGUGCAAAAAUAAUGUGUUAAUGAUACCAGAAAAUCCUCAAUAUGUAGUAAGAAAAGUAACACAGUGUUGUUUUAGAGCAAACUGAUGCAAGAUUAUUUUCCAAAAUUUUGCAGUGCUGCAUUAAAGGUAUGUGCUUAUUUUCACCUUCGGAAAAUAUGAAUACUUGAUAACGGAUGAUAUUAAUAUCAAAAGAGUAUUUAAUAAUUUUUAGUAUACUAUGGCAAAUCUAGAACCUGAAGAUACUUUGAAUACUGAAAGCUAUCAGUUUGGGUCCUUAAGUGUUUAUUCUAACUCUUCCACGCCGUACACAGAUGCAACUAAAUGUAAAAAAAUAGCAAAACAUAUUAAGAGGCCUAUGAAUGCUUUUAUGGUUUGGAGUCAGAUUGAAAGGAAGAAAAUGCUUGAACAGCAGCCGGAUAUGCGUAAUGCUGAGAUUAGCAAAUCAUUAGGUAAAAGGUGGAAACUCUUAACGAAAGAGCAGAGACAACCCUUCAUUGAAGAAGCAGAUCGUCUGCGCCAUUUACACAUGAAAGAAUAUCCUGGUUAUAAAUAUUCUCCGAAAAAGAAAGGGAAAUACAGUAGUAAGCCAACAAAUGCAUCGCACAGUAAAGCAGUGGGUUUCUGUGUUGAUAAAACAUUUUCUGGGGAUGAAUGUGCUUUGAGAUUAACAAUGAAUAACAAAAUUCGAAAUAAGCUGCAAGCUGUUAUAGCUUCCAGAUGUAAGAUGAAUAUUUUAGCUGUUGAAAAAAAUUCUGAUAGUGUAGAAAAUUUAUCUACUGAAGAGAGCAUAGAAAAAGAAAAUACCAAUGCAUCCCCAACUGAAAAUGUAACUAAUCAUGAAUUGGGAAAUAAGUCUUCUAAAAAGGUACAUAAUAAAGAAUUUUUAAGUGCAGGACAUAUUUGUGCAGCUGCAUAUGCAAGCAAAGAUAAAUGGGCAGAAACUUAUGAUAAUUUAACUGAAAGAACAUUUCAGCAAGCUGAAGAAAUAAAGAAAGAAUUGAAAUUACUGGUUGGUGAGUACUAUACCUUAACUGCCGGUGAUAAAAAUGCAUCUCUACCGUUUGAACUUUCUGAACUGAAUGGUAAUGACAUUUGUGAAAUAAUCUGUAAUCAAAAAUGAAAUUAUUAUUAAUUCUACUUACCUUUCUGAAUUUCCUUCUCAGUCAUAUUGCAUUCCAUAUUUUCAUUUGUGACUUGCACAUUUUUCUUACAAAUUGUUUCUGAAAUAAGUGAGAUGAACUGCUUUGAAAUUUCUAGUUGACUGAUUGCUCCCCUUAAAUACAUAUUAAUUAUCUAA